AUGUCACUUCCCCAACUUGCAGGUGGAGCCGACUGUGGCCCUGCCAAUCCAAUGGCCAAUCUCAUGAAGCAAUUCCACCAGGAUCGAUCACUGCAACAGGAUCGUUUCGGUGAACAGCGGGGCGAGAGUUCAAAGGCGGCAGGCUUUCGUUCACGACCCAGCGGACCAGCACCUAUGGAUCACCAGUUUACCGAAGAAUUCUUACGAGAUGAUGUGAGAGGAGGCAUGGAACGACCACCAGGAGCAUUCGAAUUCAGUGGAUUAUCACGAGAGCUUGAGAAUAUUCAUCGCCAACCACAAGAAGGAUGGGCUGCUGAUUUCAUGCAAAAUCAACAUCAAAUGAUGGGCCCACCCGAUGCUCAUCAAUUUGAAGAAUUUGAAAAGAUCUAUCAACAACGAGCUGGCCCAAUGCAACAAGGACAACAUCAUCAAUGGCGUGAAGAAUUCGAUACGUUUCAUGCACCUGCACAACAAAAUGUCCUAGCUCAACAUGAACACAAAGCUUUCGAACGAGCAUUUGAUGAAGCCAAGGGAGUGGAUGUCAAUUGGGAAAAGGAGUUUGCAGCACAAGAAUCUGGAUGGGCAGCUGAAUUUGCUGAGCAAGAAGGGACCACAGCAACCACAUCAGAGCAUGAUAAGGAAGCAUUGGCUCGUACGGCAGGAAUGCUUUUGGAUUCAGUCGACGUGAAUAGCAACCCAAAGUUCAAAAACUCCAAUUUCAUGAACCUCAUGCGUAACUUGCGGGACCGUAAAGUAUCCAUUGAAGGCAACAAGAUGGUGCCUAGCAACCAAGGCGGAGAUUGGGUUUCAGAAUUUGGUCAUGGUGCUUCUUCUUCCUCCUCUACUUGGGCAGACGACUUCGCAGCAAAGGCUGGCAAUGCAUCGAGUGGCAACAUGUGGAGUAAUGAAUUCGCAUCGCAAGCUGAACGAGGAUGGUCUGAAGAGUUUGCUACAGCCAAUCCAAUGCAUCAUCAUCAGCAACCAGCCAUGGCAUCCUCAUCAUCAGCAACACAACAAGAUUGGACAUCCGAAUUCAGCAAACAAGAAGCUGAUAUAUUUGGCAAAGGCACUGAAAUGCAUGAUUGGGUUGAGCAAUAUCACCGGGGCAUGGAUCGGAUAAAAGAAGCUCAAGAUACGGAUUGGCAAGAAAUGCAAAAGGAUUGGGAUCGACUUAAAGAGGACAAUGGAUCAUCAGCUUUUCGAGCCACCAAUCCAGAAUACCAGACUUACAACUUUGCAACGGACAAUCCCUAUCUUCUUGAUCCAACCGCUAUUGAUCGUGUCGAGCACAAUACACUCGCUGAUUCGAUUCUUGCUCUGGAAGCCAAGACACAAUUACAAACAUCGAAUGCAGGUGCAUGGCAAGAACUUGGUUUCAAGCAACAAGAAAACGAGCGUGAUGCAGCUGCGAUUGCCGCUUUACGACGUGCUGUAUCCAUGGACCCUACUUUGGUGGAGGGUUGGCUUGCUCUGGCAGUGAGCUACACCAAUGAAAAUUGUCGCUUGGAUGCCUAUGAUGCCUUAGAACAAUGGAUCACCAACAAUGAAAAGUAUAAGCAUUUGAUCGGCAACGGCAAGGCACCUGUGGAACAGCAUAAUCGACAUGCUUAUAUCACCAACUUGUUUUUGGAAGCUGCACGAAGUUCGCCAGGUGCAGAAAUGGAUGCGGAUGUCCAAGUGGGUCUUGGUGUAUUAUUCAAUGUGUCUGAAGAAUAUGCCAAAGCGAUCGAUUGCUUCAAGGCCGCUUUGCAAAGCCGUCCUCAAGAUUACUUACUAUGGAACAAGCUGGGUGCUACUCUAGCUAACUCUCGUGAUACCACUGGUGCCAUUGAUGCCUAUUUUACUGCUCUUGAAAUUAAUCCUUCCUAUGUGCGCGCACGCUAUAACCUCGCCAUCAGCUGCAUCAACCUCGGUCAACAUCGUGAAGCCGCUGAGCAUCUUUUAACAUCACUGGCUAUUCAACAACAAGCCGACUCACAAAUUUCCAUGCUCAUUGAUGAAAAUGGUAACAAGGUGCCGGUCCAAGGAGGCAUGAGUGAAAACGUAUGGGAUAGUUUGCGUAUGCUCAUGUUCAUGAUGAACCGCGAGGAUCUCGCCAAGCAUUGUGACAGCCGCAAUUUGAAUGUCUUUCGUGGAGAAUUUGAAUUUUGA